GCACUUGACGCUAAUGAUAACCGUGGUUCUAAGGAACAUGUCCUCCUAAUGGUCAAACUAAAUCAUGUGACAAUAUCUUCGAGAUUCGUGAGAUAUUGAUUGUUAUAUCAUCAUCAUCAUGGUUCUCCGUAACCUUAGUUAUGAAACUUCUUUUCCACAAAUGCUGUUGAAGAAUUUAUUGUUCAUGGCGUGGGAUUGCUCCUUUCUUGGCAUAUACGUGAACCACUUAAAAUAUUCACAAGUUGAAAUAAAAGCUUGUUGUAUGGAUCUUAUUGUGAAUUCACGACGUCGCUAAACGAGAUUGCCUAUCAAUGGUGACGAACCCUGUUCCCGCUAGUUUCUUGACGCGUGCUAAUGCCUUGUUCAGAAAGAACUUAACCUUUCAGAAACGGAACAUAUGGAGCAAUGUUCGUCUCAUCGUGAUCCCUUUGUACCUCUGUGUGCUUCUAGUGGGCAUUCAAGCUCUGUUCAAUACACAGUUCAAUAACUCUGUGGAUAAUCGAUGCGGUUGCAAAUGCAUUGAUGAGAAAAACGGAGAUGGCAAAUGCGAAAGAAAGAGUUGCGGUCCACAAUAUUCAUCUCCAAACCAAGCCUUCUUUUGUGCCUUCCCAAACCCUCCACCAUUACCUCCACUGUUACAUAUUCCGAGUUCUGUACUCUCGUGCACACGAAACACCAGAUCUUGUCAUGUAACAAUACUUGUUACUGGGAAUAAUCAUACCCUUGGAGCAACUAUAUCUCGGAAUCUGCUGCCUACUUAUUCCACGGUCAAUUCCUCUGACGAUUUCUUGCGUAAUCCCGCCUAUAAUGUCUUGGGUACAACAUCAGAGGCAGGCAACACCAAUUAUCUUGAUCCAGGGACUCACUCUAAUCUCUCCAUUUUCAACAUCCAAGCUCGGUGCACUCCAAACACUACAUUGUCAUCAUUCUCAUUCCAACAACCACUUCAUGAGUUUCAUAAAGAGGAGAGAUGUGUUCAAGGAUUGAAUCUAUGGCGGAACAACUCCAUGGAGGUCAACAAUGAAAUUUUCGAGGGAUAUCAGAAAGAAAAUCACGAGGAGAGCAUCAAUGAGAUCGUUGCAGGUUACUCCAUUUCUCUAUCAUGUAUUUGUGUGUUUACCUGCACUUUUCUUACUGCUUUAUUUAUUCUUCAAUCAGCAUACGAUCUCCUGGACACUAAUAGGAACAACUUCAAUGUGACUAUUUGGUAUAACUCUACAUACAAAUUUAAUAUAAAAGAUAGGCGUGUAAAGUUGGUCCAAGUUCCUCGCUCAGUCAACUUGGUUUCGAAUGCUUACCUUCACUUUCUGCAAGGCCCUGGAACAAAAAUGUUGUUCGAAUAUGUCAAAGAAGUGCCUAAACUAGAAAGUAGACUUCGUCUAGACAUUGCGUCUCUAAUUGGCCCUCUUUUCUUUACAUGGGUUAUUCUUCUUCUGUUCCCAGUGAUCUUGACCUCAUUGGUGUAUGAGAAGCAGCAGCGUCUAAGAAUUAUAAUGAAAAUGCACGGCCUAGGAGAUGGUCCAUACUGGAUGAUAUCCUAUGUAUAUUAUCUCAUCAUAUCCACCUUAUACAUUAUAAGCUUGAUGAUAUUUGGAUCAGCAAUAGGGCUGAAGUUCUUCUUGUUUAAUGACUACAGCUUCCAAUUCAUUUUCUAUUUUCUCUAUAUAAAUCUGCAAAUAUCCACUGCCUUUCUAGUCUCCUCAGCAUUUUCAAAAGUUGAGACAGCAUCAGUUGUUUCUUACAUACACAUCUUUGGAUCCGGACUCUUGGGUGCAUUUCUCUUCCAGUUUCUGCUUGAAGAUGUAUCAUUUCCCAGACGCUGGAUUUUUUUCAUGGAGUUGUAUCCAGGUUUCUCUUUGUACCGUGGAUUGUACGAGUUCUCCAUAUAUGCGUAUCAGAAAAACGUGACUGGGAGAGAUGGAAUGAAGUUGAAAGAUUUCACUAAUAGUGCAAUGGAUGAAGUCUUCUACAUCAUUAUCGUUGAGUGGUUUGUGGCGCUCAUUGCAACAUACUAUAUUGAUCAGGGUUCUUUAUCCAUGGAAGACUCUUUUUCAUUCUUGAGAAAAAAAUUCAAGCAAUCUCUUUAUCCACAAAAGCCUAGGACGUCAAUGCAGAGCUCUUCAGUUACUGUAGAAAUGGAGAAAUUAGAUGUUACUCAAGAGAGAGACAAAGUUGAGAAACUGAUGCUUGAGCCGAGCACAAGCCACGCAAUUGUAUGUGACAACCUGAAAAAAGUGUAUCCACGUAGGGAUGGAAACCCGCCAAAAAUGGCUGUUCGAGGGUUGUCUCUAGUAGUGGCUUCAAAAGAAUGCUUCGGCAUGUUAGGACCCAACGGUGCUGGAAAGACUUCUUUCAUCAACACGAUGACUGGACUUGUGAAACCAACAUCAGGCGCAGCGUUUGUUCAAGGUUUGGACAUAUGCAAGGAUAUGGAUAAAGUGUACACAAGCAUGGGUGUAUGCCCACAACACGACUUGCUAUGGGAGACACUGACUGGACGAGAACAUCUGCUCUUUUACGGAAGACUUAAAAAUCUUAAAGGCUCUGAGCUCAACCAAGUUGUAGAGGAUUCUCUUAAGAAUGUCAACCUUUUUAAUGGAGGAGUUGCUGAUAAACCUGCUGGAAAAUACAGUGGAGGUAUGAAAAGGCGGCUAAGUGUAGCCAUUUCACUUAUUGGGAGUCCUAAGGUGGUUUAUAUGGAUGAGCCAAGCACAGGACUUGAUCCAGCUUCAAGAAUGAACCUAUGGACUGCCAUCAAACGAGCUAAAAGACAUACUGCGAUAAUCCUAACGACUCAUUCUAUGGAAGAAGCGGAGUUUCUCUGUGACAGAUUGGGUAUUUUCGUAGAUGGAAGGUUACAGUGCAUAGGAAACCCAAAAGAGCUAAAGGCAAGAUAUGGUGGAUCUUAUGUGUUUACCAUGACAACCUCUUCAGAGCAUGAGCAGGAUGUGGAGAUGUUGGUCCAAGAUUUAUCUCCAAACGCCAAGAAGAUAUAUCACAUCGCAGGGACACAGAAAUUUGAGAUUCCAAAAGGAGAAGUUGGGAUCUCGAAAGUGUUUGAGGCGGUGGAGAAGGCAAAGAGUAGUUUCACAGUGUUUGCUUGGGGACUUGAGGACACAACUCUUGAAGAUGUUUUCAUUAAGGUUGCUAGAGGUGCUCAUGAUUUUAAUGUACUUUCUUGAUUGAUCUUAAUAUACAGAUUAUAUAUAAUAUCUGGUUUAUUCUCGUUUAGUAUCACUCGUAUAUAAACCGAAAUCAAAUCUGUUUUCGAUUCUUCGUAAAGUUUCUCUCCACUAACGUAUUCUCUCUAAAUUUGAUAUUAUCUGUACAUACCGAAUAUCAUGACUUUUUCGUAAUGAAGAGUUUCAUUUUUGUUUGUCUUUUGACAGGAUCAUGCAUUGCUUCUUGUCCAAGUAAUUGCCACACUGGAAAAUUUUGUUUAUAAUAUAUUUAAGAAAAAUAGUAAUAUAUUAUGUUAAGAGAAAUAGUCAUAAUAUCAUAGUCAACCAUAUUACCCAACACUAGAUACGUGAGACAAUAAAAAUAGACUAAUUGUUGUUUAAUCAAGUACGUCCACACGUGAUGACAUCUGAGGUGACGAUAUUUAUCAUACUUAUGUACCAAUCAAAACUUUGUUCAAUAAUAAAAAAACAAUCGAAACUCUCCCUCUUCCACUAGUUUGAGAAUCUAUUGGUCGUGGGAUCACUCUUAGGGAGCUUCGUGCAAAAUUUACAUUGACGAUUGUUGUCCCUAUGGUCACUUUCUUGAUUUUCGUUUAAAUCUCCUUUUUGUAUGUUGUUUUGACCCAAGAGAUUUUUCUGGGUGCAACUGUUUGACCAAAAAUAGAUAAAAUAAAAUAAAUCUUUGAAUAGUUGUAAAGACUUUUUUUUUAUUUAUAAAAAUGAUAGUUUUAGAGAAGUACAAAGACACUACGACUUAAUUUUUUUUUAGUUUAAAGACAGCAAGUAAACUAGUAU